AUGACAUUUCUAUUCAAUGAAUUAAUUUUUAGAAUAAAUAUGAUCAUUAUAGAUUUUUUGUAUAUUCUCGGAAUUUGUUGUGCAACAGUUGCUGAGUGUUUAUUUGGGUUGUAAACCGACUAUGAGUUGUAUACUAUGUUUUCAUCGUUGCCGAUAUUGAGUUUAUGGUGUCUUUUGAGAAUUAAAAAUAGACGGAUAAAGAAUAAUCAAUUAUAUAUGCUUGUACUGCUUCUAAUAGCGAAUACGUUAAGAACUGUUGCAAACACACAUAUAAGCGAAAUGUUGCUCUAUAUCAUUCCGCUCUAAAAUCAUCAACAUCCUAAAAAGGUGUUUUUAUGUCUACCUUUUGCUGGAGUUAUUGCAAGUGUAAAGUUGGAGUUCAGUUAUGAUCACACCUUAAUCGCAUGCUGCUUGGUAAUCCUAGUGUGGUUAUCGAGCAGUAGCACAACAACAGAGAAGACGGCAAAGAUUUCAAAGAAUCGAAGUUACUCAAAAACUUGGAACAAUCCCUCGGAUAGUUUGAUAAUAGGCCACAACGAACAAUACCACUUGGUUGUCACUCAUCAAGGCAAAGUGAUAUCGAGCAACGAAGAUAUUAAGAAAUUAUUGGGUUCCGAUGAUCCAAUAAUAGUUUAGUAGAUACUUAAUGAAAUAAUUAUUCGCAAGGUAGACAAACAGAUCAAGGAAAGGAAAAUGUUGAACUUAUUGGAGACCAUCAAUUCCCAAUAGCCAAAGUGCAAGAUCCUGGAUUGUUCUGCUGCCUUCGGUGAUCAUUACAUGAUUGAACUCAUCCAUUACAAUGACAAUGUGGGCAUGAUCUUUGUUGAUCUGUACGAAUGCAGAGAAUAUUGGGAAUGCAAAAUAACGAAGCAGUUAAUGAACCAAUUAUUUCGGAGUUUCAGUCAUGAAUUCAGUACUUCACUCAAUUGCAUCAGGAUACUUGCUGAAAGUGCCAUCGAAGACAUCGAUGACGACUAUGUAGUCAACAAUAUCCUCUCGCCCAUCCUGAAUAGUUGUUACAUUCUCAAUUCGAUAGUGUAGGAUGUCCGAGAUUUCAGUUUGAUUCUCUCUAAGAACUUCAUCUUCACUAUUCAGAUCCAGAAUGUGUAUCUACUCAUCAACGAAGUGGCUGACUUGUAUCGACAAUAAUUGACUAUGAAAGGAGUUGAAUUGAACAUCAAGAUGAAUGAAAUCUAUAUCCACACUGAUGGCCAACGUUUCAAGUAAGUCUUAAACAAUCUGCUCUCCAAUGCUCAAAAAUUCACUUUCACUGGCAAUAUCACCAUCACUCUCACAGAACAGAUCGCAAGAGAUCAGGUUUAUGUCAAAGUAAGUGUCUCAGAUACAGGUUCAGGAAUGAAUUCUGAUACGCAAUCCAAACUCAAAGAGUUCCUUAAUUAGCCACACAAACGAUAGUCCAAUUUCAAUUAUGGGUUGGGUUUGAUGAUCAGUAAUAGUAUUUGCAAUGGAUUAUCCCCUAAUUAUGAAUCUGGAAUCCAUUUCGAAUCCAACAACCAAAAUGGGUCAAUCUUCUGGUUCUAUUUGGAGGAUCUCAAGAUGCUCGAAACUCCUGACUUAAUCAGCAAAAGAACCAUUAAAUACAACAAGAUUGUUAGUUCUGGUCGAAGUGUACUUGAAUAGAGUUUUCUAAUUAGUCCCAGUGAUAAGAAGAGACAAUCCUCUUUCACCUUCUCUCUCAAAGGCAAACAGAAGUUAAUUGAGAAGAAUUCGGAAAAUUUCUCAGAACCUGAUGAAAAUAUUUGUGCCCCAUAUAUUUUUAGGGAAACCAAGAAACCGAAAAAAUGCAAACAUUCCCCAAUCGAUCAAACUGCCAUCGAAAUACAUGAAGACAGAGUCAAGAUCCUAAUUGUUGACGAUGAGUUUGUCAACAUCUAUGCACUUACGACCAUGUUGUCUAGGUUGAACAUUAAAUGCGAUCAAGCACACAAUGGCAAAGAAGGAUUAGACAAAUUCAAACAGCAUUCUUACUAAGUCAUCCUAAUGGACAUUGAAAUGCCCAUCAUGAAUGGCAUACAAGCCACAUCAUUGAUCAUCGAUUACUGUCACUCAGUAGAUUUGGAUCCUCCCAUCAUCAUUGCCCAGACUGCCUACACUGACAUGUAAACUAAAUAAAUGUGCAAAGAAGCUGGAAUGGACUACUUCUUACAAAAACCUAUUAGCACAAUUGUCAUAAUGAACAAAAAAAUACUAGUGAUCACAGAUAUAUCUCGAACUCUUCUUCUCGCUGAACGAUUGGGCAAAUAAUUGUAUUUGGAUCGCAGGAGGGAAUUAGACAACAUUAAACCAAAUGACAAAUACGAAAAUUACAGUCUCAUCUGGAGACCAGGAAGAGAAUACUUUCUUGAUUCUCUCAUGAUUAAACACAGAGACAAAUUCGAAGUUGCAGUGUGGUCUAGUUUGGAUAGAGACAAGACGGCUGCAUUUGCUAAGUCCUUUUUCGGAAAACAUUUCAGGAAUUUGCUUUUUGUUAGCACCUGCAAUCGUGAACAAUAUGAAGGCACCUAAAAAGAGUAUAGCACUGAGCCAAUCAGAAUUGACAGAGACUUAUCCUUGAUUAACUAGAAAUUCCCUACCUAUGAUCUUCCAAAUAUAGUGAUGGUGAAUGUGUUUCCCAACCUCCUGGAAUAACACUCUUUUAAUGAUAUCAUCAUACCCAAAUUUGAUCCACAGUAUGUUGAUGUGCAGAGCGAUGGCUCUCUGGAUUUAUUGGUCAAAUACCUAAAUGGACUCUCAAUGCUAAUCAAUAAACAAAGAGUUCAAGAUAUUAGAACUGCAAUUAGAGCAAAACCUAUUGAGAAUAUGGACAAAAGAAUGGACAAUCUACGUAAUAAAAUGCAUGAGUAUUUAUGA